GCAACAGCAGCUGAUAGGUCAUUGGCUAUGUCACCACUGUGAUUCACUUGGUUUCUAUCGACCAGGAAAUUAGUGGUGACUCAGAAUAUCACUUCUCAACAGCAGUGGUGUGGUGUCGUCCGAAGUACGAAGCAGAAAAAGAAAAGUGUAUCCUAACUAUAGUCAGAGACUUUUCUGAGAUAUACACAACCAAAACUUUUAAGGUGAGUUUACAUAUGUCCAACUACAUCUCCCGUUAGCUAGCGUAGCUUAGUCUGGUUAGCCAAGUAGCUUGCUACCAAACUAGCUAGCUAACUGUUAUCGAAGCAAGGUGGUGAUUGAACAUAAGUGAGUAAAGUAUUCACCAGCGAUGUGUUAGCCGAGAUUAGGGGAGUAAAAAAAUAGUACUUCUUGUCUUGAGACAUUUAGCUAACUAGGUAGCUAGCUAACCUAGUUAUCUCUUAUCGUUUAACCACAACUUAUUGUUGUUAGCUAACUACCGUUAGCUGAUGCAAUCCUAUAGCUAGUUUAGCUAGCUAGCAUAUAUAGCUAACUAGCAACGUUAGCUAGCUAGCGAGAUACACUCAAUAUCUGUGCCGUACAUAUGAUUGUCUUUUAUCAUAUGGCGUCAUAGUGAGGUUAUUAAAGUUAGCCUAGCCAGGGAAGUAAAGUUAACUAGCUAGCAAACUAGAUAUUCAGCUUACUAGCUACAUACCAAGUUAACUAUCUUUGUUUACAACGGUUCAGCUCUCAAUGUUUGAAACCUCUGACUCAUGACAUCAUGUGAUUUCUUGACACAUUCUGGAGAAUUCCAAAUGUCACACUAGAGAGAUGUGUACUGUAGAGAACCCAAGCUGUAGUUAAUCAGGCUUAGGAAAAUGUGAAAUGUCUUAUACAGUAUUAGCUGUAUGGAACAUAGGUUCAUGUUUGGGAGAAUAUCAACCUUCUGUUUUAGAAUCAUAUAGUGGCCAAGGUCAAUCUAGACACUGAUCAGCUCCGACAGCACUGAAACAGGUUAAUUAAUAUUGAUGUCUAUGGUAUAGUUCAGUGUAGCGUCGUCCUGCAAAUAGCCAUUUUAAAUGACCAUUUAUAUUUAAAAAAAAAUACUUUUAAUGUGACAAAUGGGUAGCCAUCUGUAAAAUUAAAAGUCAAAAUUGUUAAUAUAAAUGUUAAUUUAAAUGGCUAGUUGUGGGAUGAAGCUACAUUCAGUACUGUAGGACUGCACAGAAGAACAUUCUGAAUGGGGUAGUUAGGCCUAUAUCUUAAACAACUUGGUAUACACUGGUUGAAAAAGAGGAAGGUGAGUGCUGCACUGGACAUAAACAUUUAAUUAGUUAUAGUAGUGGACCUUGUGAUCAUUGUCAUAGUCUUCCUCCUCCCACACCCUCCCCUUUUCUGGUACAUGCAUUGCUUUGAAAUGGAAACAUGGAAAGUGCCUUGGCGUUCAGAGACAUAAUGGAGUGUGUCUCUCUGGUCUGUGAAUUGGAUGCGUAGUUUACAGUAGUCUGACUCUGGGCCUGAGCGGGAAACUUCUCAGUAAUGUGAUUGUGGUGGGCAUGUUUAGCUUGGUUCAGCGAUUGUGCUGAAUGUUCACCUUAUGUGCUUGUUUCUACCCCCCAUACUUUGUUGUAGUGUCAACUUGUUAGCAGGAAUGUGUUAGUAGGGUUAUGUCUUUUCACAAUUGUGUGUUGUCAGUUGUCUUGUAUGUUGUUGUUCUUGUAGGGGAACAAGGAUUGGGUUGUAUUCAGGAUGUGUGGUUUGACAGUGUUGUUAUACACGUAGGAGUAAGUAUAAUUUGCAUCAGUGUUGUGGGAUAGGGUUUAUACAUGUGUAGGAGUGUUUUUCAUUCUCUAAGUCAGCUGUGUGUUGUGUAGUUUUUAAUUUAGUCGUGUGUGUGGGAGAGAACUUGGAUAUUGACACUGACUGUGGUCGUCAUGGUAGCAGUGUAUCAUUGCCUACCUCGAAGUUCCUGUUUCCUGUUCAUGGCUUACAGCAGAUAUUUUGAUCUAUUCACAAUGUGGGAUUCCACAGUGUAUUAUAUAGAGAAGUGAAAAGGAACAGCAUUUGACAUGAACUUGAAAAUCUCUUGGACUUUUCCUUCUCAACACCAUUCUCAAGAACACACUGGAGACACCAAAUUAUAAACCUAUCAUUGACAGUGAUUCUGAUCUCGCACCGGAAAUGUGACCAGAACAGUUCAUGUCUUCUCUUCUUCCUGGAAUGACCCGUAUGGCUCAGGUGACAUCUUAACCAAUGUAUGCAUAGGCCAACACAAACACCUUGAUCAGAAAAGCACAAUAGCAAAAGCCCUUGUCCUUAAAGGCUUGUUUGAGUUGUUGCAUGAUGAUAAGUCAUUCAUAAGUGACUGGGCUCAUACUCUUGGGCAUGGUAGGUACAGUGAGGAAAAAAAGUAUUUAGUCAGCCACCAAUUGUGCAAGUUCUCCCACUUAAAAAGAUGAGAGAGGCCUGUAAUUUUCAUCAUAGGUACACGUCAACUAUGACAGACAAAUUGAGGGAAAAAAAUCCAGAAAAUCACAUUGUAGGAUUUUUUAUGAAUUUAUUUGCAAAUUAUGGUGGAAAAUAAGUAUUUGGUCACCUACAAACAAGCAAGAUUUCUGGCUCUCACAGACCUGUAACUUCUUCUUUAAGAGGCUCCUCUGUCCUCCACUCGUUACCUGUAUUAAUGGCACCUGUUUGAACUUGUUAUCAGUAUAAAAGACACCUGUCCACAACCUCAAACAGUCACACUCCAAACUCCACUAUGGCCAAGACCAAAGAGCUGUCAAAGGACACCAGAAACAAAAUUGUAGACCUGCACCAGGCUGGGAAGACUGAAUCUGCAAUAGGUAAGCAGCUUGGUUUGAAUAAAUAAACUGUGGGAGCAAUUAUUAGGAAAUGGAAGACAUACAAGACCACUGAUAAUCUCCCUCGAUCUGGGGCUCCACGCAAGAUCCCACCCCGUGGGGUCAAAAUGAUCACAAGAAUGGUGAGCAAAAAUCCCAGAACCACACGGGGGGACCUAGUGAAUGACCUGCAGAGAGCUGGGACCAAUGUAACAAAGCCUACCAUCAGUAACACAUUACGCCGCCAGGGACGCAAAUCCUGCAGUGCCAGACGUGUCCCCCUGCUUAAGCCAGUACAUGUCCAGGCCCGUCUGAAGUUUGCUAGAGUGCAUUUGGAUGAUCCAGAAGAGGAUUGGGAGAAUGUCAUAUGGUCAGAUGAAACCAAAAUAUAACUUUUUGGUAAAAACUCAACUCGUCGUGUUUGGAGGACAAAGAAUGCUGAGUUGCAUCCAAAGAACACCAUACCUACUGUGAAGCAUGGGGGUGGAAACAUCAUGCUUUGGGGCUGUUUUUCUGCAAAGGGACCAGGACGACUGAUCCGUGUAAAGGAAAGAAUGAAUGGGGCCAUGUAUCGUGAGAUUUUGAGUGAAAACCUCCUUCCAUCAGCAAGAGCAUUGAAGAUGAAACGUGGCUGGGUCUUUCAGCAUGACAAUGAUCCCAAACACACCGCCCGGGCAACGAAGGAGUGGCUUCGUAAGAAGCAUUUCAAGGUCCUGGAGUGGCCUAGCCAGUCUCCAGAUCUCAACCCCAUAGAAAAUCUUUGGAGGGAGUUGAAAGUCUGUGUUGCCCAGCGACAGCCCCAAAACAUCAUUGCUCUAGAGGAGAUCUGCAUGGAGGAAUGGGCCAAAAUACCAGCAACAGUGUGUGAAAACCUUGUUGAAGACUUACAGAAAACGUUUGACCUGUGUCAUUGCCAACAUUGAGAAACUUUGUUAUUGACCAAAUACUUAUUUUCCCAUUAAUUUGCAAAAUAAAUUCAUAAAAAAAUCCUACAAUGUGAUUUUCUUGGAUUCUUUUCUCAUUUUGUCUGUCAUAGUUGACGUUGUACUAUGAUGGAAAUUACAGGCUCUCUCAUCUUUUAAGUGGGAGGGAGAACUUGCAAAAAUUGGUGGCUGACUAAAUACUUUUUUUCCCCACUGUAAUCUACUGUAAACUCUGGGACAGUUUCACCUGCCGCACCCUACGGUAAAGCUAAUCUACUAUUACUGUGGACUCUGUCAGUGAUGCAACUCUGUAUCAUAGAAAAAGUAUGCACUCAAACAAGAGUACGCACUGGAAGAGCGGCGGGAAAGACUAAAAAUGCAAAAAAGCCCCCGGCGUUCGCGCGAGACGCAGGGGGCGCAGAGAGCGCGGCGCGAGGCGCGGCGGGCGCGCGCGAGUCCGAUCAUUAAGGAAAAAAAACUCCUCAUCUCCUCUCAACACGCUCUACUCUACUAUCAGCUCCUCUUCUCCUAUUUCUCUCUAUCUUCUCUCUCUCCAUAUUCCCCCACUCUCUCUGUCUCUCUCUCCUCUUCUCUCUCUCUCUGCUCUCUCGUCUCUCUCUCAUCUCUCUCUUCUCAUUGCUUUCACUUUCAGUAAAAGGUAAUCUGCACUCUCAUCCUGUUUGUCUCUUGCUAUUCCAUUAGGCCUAGAUCCAAUAGUUUUGCUCCACCCUCCUCAGUCCUGUGAUUGUACUUGUUUUCCAUGAUCACUUGUGUGUAUUUGUUUACCAGCUUUGAGAGAGCGAAGGCCUACUGGUCUGCCUUCACUCUCAGUACCAAAACACAGAGCCUAUCAGGCCUAGUACUGUACAUACCCCUUGACUUAUGCCACAUUUUAUCCACAUUUUAUUGUUACUGCCUGAAUUCAAAAUUGAUUAAAUAUGUUUUUCUCUACACACAAUACCCCAUAAUGACAAAGUGCAUAAAUAUCUAUUUUACAUAACUAUUCACACCCCUGAGUCAAUACUUUGUAGAAGCACCUUUGGCAGCGAUUACAGCUGUGAGUCUUUCUGGGUAAGUCUCUAAGAGCUUUCCACACCUGGAUUGUGCAACAUUUGCCCAUUAUUCUUUUCAAAAACCUUCAAGCUCUGUCAAAUUGGUUGUUGAUCAUUGCUAGACAACCAUUUUCAGGUCUUGCCAUAGAUUUUCAAAUCAAAACAGUAACUCGGCCAAGCAGGAACAUUCACUGUCUUCUUGGUAAGCAACUCCGGUGUAGAUUUGGCCUUGUGUUUUAGGUUAUUGUCCUGCUGAAAGGUGAAUUCAUCUCCCAGUGUCUGGUGGAAAGCAGACUGAACCAGGUUUUCCUCUGGGAUUUUGCUUGUGCUUAGCUCCAUUCCAUUUCUUUUUUAUCCUGAAAAACUCCCAAGUCCUUAACGAUUUUGAGAAUACACAUAACAUGAUGCAGCCACCACUAUGCUUGAAAAUAUGGAGAGUGAUACUCAGUAAUGUGUUGUAUUCGAUUUUCCCCAAACAUAACACUUUGUAUUCAGGACAAAAAGGUGAUUGCUUUGCCACAUUAGUUGCAGUAUUACUUUAGUGCCUUGUUGCAAACAGUAUGCAUGUUUUUUUUUAUUAUGUACAGGCGGUCUUCUUUUCAUCCCCCCCCCCCACCUUUACACUGCUGGCACUCUCUGUUUAUUAUCUAUGCAUAGUCACUUUAACUCUACCUACAUGUACAUAGUACCUCAAUUACCUCGACUAACCGGUGCCCCCGCACAUUGACUCUGUACCGGUACCCCCUGUAUAUAGCCUCCCUACUGUUAUCUUAUUUUACUGCUGCUCUUUAAUUAUUUCUUUUUUUAUUUUUAUUUUUUACUUAUCAAUUUUUUUUACUUAACACUUACUUUUCUUAAAACUGCAUUGUUGGUUAAGGGCUUGUAAGUAACCAUUUCACUGUAAGGUCUACACCUGUUGUAUUUGGCGCAUGUGACAAAUAAAGCCUUAGCCUAUAGGCUACAGUCAGUUUUCUAGCCGACAUUGUUCGUUCUAGAACUAGCCCAGCCUAUGUGGAUUAGAAGGGUUUUCUAUGACUUGUUUCUUUGUUAGGUCUUUUAUAGGGUGUUCUGACCACCCACCCACUCCUCAGCCUACAUCACAUCUUUAUGUUGCCGUUAGCUCUCCUUCUCUGUCUUUUUCAUCUCACAAUAAUGAAAGGACGAGUGAUGAAUGGAUGAAGGAAGGAAGGAAGGAAGGGGUGUGGAAGUGCAGAAAUGGAUCAUGGUGGAUUAGUGGUGAAAAACGUAGGUCCUAAUUGGGAAACCAGGAAUGUCAUUAAGAGCUUUAUGGUCCUGGAGUCCCCAUGCCUUGUUUGUCACAAUGUCAGAGCUGUGCACGGUCUAUCGACAGACAGACCAACCGCUCUGUUCUCCAACCGCUCUGUGUGGUCCAUAGACUCCCAACAGCCUUGCCCCCUCUCUGAUCCUCUCUUCCGCCACCUUAUUCUCAGCUAGCCUACAGUUUCCGUCAAAGGUUAGCAGUUUAUGGGUGAGAUUCUCCCUCCUAUGUAUGGUGGUCAUUACUUCUCAUGCCAACAUUAUAACAGUUUCCUUUGUGUUUUUCCCGCAGAAUGUCGCUGUAUCCAUCACUCGAGGAUCUUAAGGUGGACAAGGUCAUGAAGGUAAGGGAAAAAGCCGUUAUCAGACAGAAUAUUAUACUUUUUUAAGUAGGCUACUCUGACCUCUCGGCUGUUAAAGAACUCUUCCUGGUCACAAUGAAGCUAGCGGGCGGCUAAAACCUCCCCAAAACGUUGUUAAAGUAGAGGAAGAAAUAUAUAUGAGCAGCCAAAGUGUUCCAGUGUCCAUUGCACUCUUUCUAGGCGGCAGGUAACCUAGCGGUUAAGAGCGUUGGGCCGAAAGGUUGCUGGUUCGAAUCCCCGUGCCGACUAGGGGGGGGGGGGGGGAGUCCUCUUAUACUGGAAGAGUUGUAUUGAGUUUCAGUAUGGCGACUUAAUAAACGGCUCUACUGUCUUUCUCCUAGGCCCAGACCCAAUUUGCCCAUACCACUGCUACUCCAGCCAUCGCUGAGGGGACCUACCCAAUCAUAUCUGAGGGGACCUACCAGCCACAGGCUGCUGAGCUGGGGAUGCCAUCAUCAGGUGAGUCCCCCGGCUCUGUGAGGCCUGUACCACACGUUAAAGGGAUACUUUGGGAUGUUGGCUAUGAGGCCCUUUAUCUACUUCCCCAGGAGUCAGAUGAACUCGUGGAUACCUUUUUUAUGUCUCUGUCUCCAGUAUAUGAAGGUAGCUAGAGGGAGUUUCAAGAGCCAAUGCUAACUAGCGUGCUAGCAGAUACCCAUAGACUUCCAGUCAUUGUGCUAGUUAGCAAGUUCCUUCAAACUGCACGCAGAGAUACGUAAGAGUAUCAAAGACCAUAUUUUAUAGUUUCCCUGUUGGUUGCCCUCCUCCAGACCAGGGUUCAUAUUUACAAAGCUUCUCAGAGUACAAUGGCUGAUCUAGGAUCAGGUCCCCCUCUGUCCAUGUAAACUUAUUCGUUAUGAUCUAAAAGGCUAAACUGAUCCUAGAUCUGAGACACUUUAUGAAUACAGGCCCUGGUCUCUCACUUUAUUCCUACUCUCCCUUUCAUCUCUUGGUUUCCCUCCAUCUUUGUCUCUGUUGGGGGUCUUCUCUGAAUCAGAUAAGGACAUGCAUAGUGUAGAGGAUUAGAGGGAGUAGGGGUAUGGGGUCUUCUUUCCCUCAGCUCACCGCUCUGUCUCCUCUCAGCCUCAGGGUCUUUCUUUGAGUGAGGGUGAAAUGGGCAGGGAGACCACAGGGAGCUGAAUGCAGGGAUUCCAAUAGAGGGAGGGAGGGAGGGAGAAGUACAAGAUAAAAGGAAGGCAGAAGAUGGACAGGGGCCCACGGGGAGGAAAAUAGGUGGUUUUCUGCUCUUUUUCACUUGUUCCUCUCUUUCACGCUCUUGUUCUCUCUCAUUCUCUUGCUCUUGUUCUCGUUCUCUCUCUCUCUCUCGUUCUCUCUCUCUCGUUCUCUCUCUCUCGUUCUCCCUCUCAGGAUGGGAUGUCCUCUGGGCUUUGGUUUUCUCCCAGUGGCGCUAGCUUAUGGUUGACAUGGAGACGGCUAGCCUGGUGGCAGGGCUGGGGAGGGGGAGGGGAGUUUCUUCCUCAGGCUUGAAGGGGACAGACAGGAAAGGAGGUGAAAGAAAUGGCCCUGUCUGACAUCACCACUGGACCUCAGCCCAACCACAGCUCCCACUGCCCUCCUUCUCUCUCCCCCUCCUUCCCUAAUUUCCUCCAAUCAUGUCUUAACUCUGCAUCUCCUUCCUCUGUUCUGUUAUAACACAUCUCCUUCCUCUGUUCUGUUAUUCCUUCUUUCAUAUCCUCUUACAUUUUCUCCUUUUUUAUAUUCGGUCUCUCUUACAUUUUCUGAAUUCUUUCUCUCACCAUCUCUCAGCAAAUAUCCCCAUGCUGUUACGUCUGUAUUUAACCUGUUCUAGUCUAGUUCAAUUAUGCUGAUGGAUGGAGGUUAUUACACUUCUGGUAAAGCUCCAGUGCUAAGGCCCUUUCUGUAUGUGUCAGUCCACUAUCAGAAGAACACAUGUCAGGCUCAGCCCUGGUGAUCCAUCGAGGCAAGUGUUGAGGUCAGGCUCAGCCCUGGUGAUCCAUAGAGGCAAGUGUUGAGGUCAGGCUCAGCCAUGGUGAUCCAUAGAGGCAAGUGUUGAGGUCAGGCUCAGCCCUGGUGAUCCAUAGAGGCAAGUGUUGAGGUCAGGCUCAGCCCUGGUGAUCCAUAGAGGCAAGUGUUGAGGUCAGGCUCAGCCCUGGUGAUCCAUAGAGGCAAAUGUUGAGGUCAGGCUCAGCCCUGGUGAUCCAUAGAGGCAAGUGUUGAGGUCAGGUGACAGUGAAAGAGUAACAGUGAGACAUCAUUGAAUCCCUGGGGUUGGCAGAAGAGCACUGCAACUCUGAGAGGUAAUAGUAUAACAGGUUACACCAGGCCAAGGUCAGUUUAUAUCCUGGAUUAGCGGAGUGGUGUUGUAGGUGUGUGUUAGUGAGAAGAGAGGCCAAGAGUUAAAUGAGUAUGUGUGUUAACCAAACCAAUGAUGUGUAUUCCUUAGUUUGAACCAAAAAUAGGGCCUUAUGCCUUUUAUGUUUAUUUAUGCAUGUGCUGUGUGACUGUCUGGCUUAUUUUAUCCAUCUACCACAUGCCUUGGCAUGCAUGUGGCCUUUUCCUUUCCACCCUAACUUUUUUAGUAAAAAAAUAUUAUCGAUUGAAGUUUUUCACAUUUUACAAUCAUAAAUAGUUCACAUAAAUACAAUUAAUCUUUCACAUUAAUACAUUUGAGUUCAUUAUUACAUGACAUGACAUCCCGCUUGGAGUUUACCAAAAGGCACCUAAAGGACUCUGACCAUGAGAAACUCUGGUCUGAUGAAACCAAGAUUGAACUCUUUGGCCUGAAUGCCAAGCGUCACGUCUGGAGGAAACCUGGCACCAUCCCGACGGUGAAACAUGGUGGUGGCAGCAUCAUGCUGUGGGCAUGUUUUUCAGCGGCAGGGACUGGGAGACCAGUCAGGAUCGAGGGAAAGAUGAAUGGAGCAAAGUACAGAGAGAUCCUUGAUGAAAACCUGCUCCAGAGUGCUCAGAACCUCCGACUGAGGGUGAAGGUUCACCUUUCAACAGGACAACAACCCUAAGCACACAAGCAAGACAACGCAGGAGUAGCUUCGGGACAAGUCUCUGAAUGUCCUUGAGUGGCCCAGCCAGAGGCCGGACUUGAACCCAAUCAAACAUCUCUGGAGAGACCUGAAAAUAGCUGUGCAGUAACGCUCCCCAUCCAACCUGACAGAGCUUGAGAGGACCUGCAGAGAAGAAUGGGAGAAACUCCCCAAAUACAGGUGUGCCAAGCUUGUAGCAUCAUACCCAAGAAGACUCGAGGCUGUAAUCAGUGCCAAAGGUGCUUCAACAAAGUACUGAGUAAAGGGUCUGAAUACUUAAGUAAAUGUCAUAUAUCAAAAAACUUGUUUUUGCUUUGUCAUUAUGGGGUAUUGUGUGUAGAUUGAUGAGAAUUUAAAAAAAAUCCGUUUUAGAAUAAGGCUGUAAUGUAACAAUGUGGAAAUAGUCAAGGUCUGAAUACUUUACGAAUGCACUGUGUAAGCUACAUACACUGCCGGUCAAAAGUUUUAGAACACCUCGUUUUUCUUAAUUUUUUUUAUUUUCUACAUUGUAGAAUAAUAGUGAAGACAUCAAAACUAUGAAAUAACACAUGGAACCAUGUAGUAACCAAACAAGUGUUAAACAAAUCAAAAUAUAUUUUAUAUUUGAGAUUCUUCAAAUAGCCUCCCUUUGCCUUGAUGACAGCUUUGCACACUCUUGGCAUUCUCUCAACCAGCUUCAUGAGGUAGUCACAUGGAAUUCAUUUCAAUUAACAGGUGUUCCUUCUUAAAAGUUAAUUUGUGGAAUUUCUGUCCUUCUUAAUGUGUUUGAGCCAAAUAGUUGUGUUGUGACAAGGUUUGCGACUGCACUUUGCGCAAAAACCAUCAAGCACUAUGAUGAAACUGGCUCUAAUGAGGACCGCCACAGGAAUGGAAGACCCAGAGUUACCUCUGCUGCAGAGGAUAAGUUCAUUAGAGUUACCAGCCUCAGAAAUUGUAGCCCAAAUAAAUGCUUCACAGAGUUCAAGUAACAGACACAUCUCAACAUCAACUGUUCAGAGGAGACUGUGUGAAUCAGGCCUUCAUGGUCGAAAUGCUGCAAAGAAACCAGUACUAAAGGACACCAAUAAUAAGAAGAGACUUGCUUGGGCCAAGAAACAUGAGCAAUGGACAUUAGACCGGUGGAAAUUUGGCCUUUGGUCUGGAGUCUAAAUUGGAGAUUUUUGUUUCCAACCGCCGUGUCUUUGUGAGACGCUGUGUGGGUGAACGGAUGAUCUCCGCAUGUGUAUUUCCCACCGUGAAGCAUAUAGGAGGAGGUGUUAUGGUGUGGGGGUGCUUUGCUGGUGACAGUGUCAGUGAUUUAUUUAGAAUUCAAGGCAUACUUAACCAGCAUGACUACCACAGCAUUCUGCAGUGAUACGCCAUCCCAUCUGGUUUGGACUUAGUGGGACUAUCAUUUUGUUUUUCAACAGGACAAUGACCCAACACACCUCCAGGCUGUGUAAGGGCUAUUUGACCAAGAAGGAGAGUGAUGGAGUGCUGCAUCAGAUUACCUGGCCUCUGCAAUCCCCCGACCUCAACCAAAUUGAGAUGGUUUGGGAUGAGUCGGACAGCAGAGUGAAGGAAAAGCAGCCAACAAGUGCUUAGCAUAUGUGGGAAGUCCUUCAAGACUGUUGGAAAAGCAUUCCAGGUGAAGCUGGUUGAGAGAAUGCCAAGAGUGUGCAAAGCUGUCAUCAAGGCAAAGGGUGGCUAUUUGAGGAAUCUCAAAUAUUAAAUAAAUUUGUUAAACACUUUUUUAAACUGAACUACAAAGGACCAUGCUCUACCAACUGAACUACAGAGGACCAUGCUCUACCAACUGAACUACAGAGGACCAUGCUCUACCAACUGAACUACAGAGGACCAUGCUCUACCAACUGAACUACAGAGGACCAUGCUCUUCCAACUGAACUACAGAGGACCAUGCUCUACUAACUGAACUACAGAGGACCAUGCUCUACCAACUGAACUACAGAGGACCAUGCUCUACCAACUGAACUACAGAGGACCAUGCUCUACCAACUGAACUACAGAGGACCAUGCUCUACCAACUGAACUACAGAGGACCAUGCUCUACCAACUGAACUACAGAGGACCAUGCUCUACCAACUGAACUACAGAGGACCAUGCUCUACCAACUGAACUACAGAGGACCAUGCUCUACUGACUGAACUAUAGAGGACCAUGCUCUACUGACUGAACUACAGAGGACCAUGCUCUACUAACUGAACUACAGAGGACCAUGCUCUACUAACUGAACUACAGAGGACAAUGCUCUACCAACUGAACUAUAGAGGACCAUGCUCUACUAACUGAACUAUAGAGGACCAUGCUCUACUGACUGAACUACAGAGGACCAUGCUCUACUAACUGAACUACAGAGGACAAUGUUCUACCAACUGAACUACAGAGGACCAUGCUCUACUAACUGAACAAUAGAGGACCAUGCUCUACUAACUGAACUACAGAGGACCAUGCUCUACUGACUGAACUACAGAGGACCAUGCUCUACUAACUGAACUAUAGAGGACCAUGCUCUACUGACUGAACUACAGAGGACCAUGCUCUACUAACUGAACUACAGAGGACAAUGUUCUACCAACUGAACUACAGAGGACCAUGCUCUACUAACUGAACAAUAGAGGACCAUGCUCUACUAACUGAACUACAGAGGACCAUGCUCUACUAACUGAACUACAGAGGACCAUGCUCUACUGACUGAACUACAGAGGACCAUGCUCUACUGACUGAACUACAGAGGACCAUGCUCUACUAACUGAACAAUAGAGGACCAUGCUCUACCAACUGAACUACAGAGGACCAUGCUCUACUAACUGAACAAUAGAGGACCAUGCUCUACUAACUGAACUACAGAGGACCAUGCUCUACUAACUGAACUACAGAGGACCAUGCUCUACUGACUGAACUACAGAGGACCGUGCUCUACUAACUGAACUACAGAGGACCAUGCUCUACUAACUGAACUACAGAGGACCAUGCUCUACUAAUACAUACAGACCAUACAUUAACUGUGUGUUGUUCUCUUCUAGCCCUGUACCCUAACCUGGAGGAGCUGGGAGAGUACAUGGGCCUGAGCCUCGACAGUGAUGAGGUGCAGAGGAACAUGGCCCUGGUGCCCAUGGCAGACAAUGUAAGUUGUGUGGGUGUGUGGGUGGAUGGGUGUGUGGGUGGGUGGGUGCGAGAGCGUGGAGGAUUUAGGCCUACUUCUUGUUGUUUGGUGUAUGUCAGAUGGUGUCCCUAUGUGUUUGUGUGAAGGAUGUCAGUCGUGACCUCAUUCAGCUGUAUUUCCUCCUCAUUGGCUGAGUGAGGGAUAAGAGGAGGAGUCUGUGGAAGCCUGAAUGUCAUAUUAUGUAAGGUCUAUUUGUACUGAGUGAUAUUUCCUCUUUCUGAUGCUCAGACCUCAGCAGAGCAGACCCCAGUGCCGUCAGGCCAGCUAACACAAGGACACAACACAUCCUGUAGUUUUCUAGUGAAGGCCACACAGCCCUAGGUCACAGAAUAGGUUGCAUUCACAAAAACAUUCUGAAGUGUAGACAAUGACUCGGACUGUAGCUAGUAAAUAUAUAUUCAAACCACAGGGUUCAACAAGAGAGAGACAUUCAAACCACAGGGUUCAACAAGAGAGAGACAUUCAAACCACAGGGUUCAACAAGAGAGAGACAUUCAAACCACAGGGUUCAACAAGAGAGAGACAUUCAAACCACAGGGUUCAACAAGAGAGAGACAUUCAAACCACAGGGUUCAACAAGAGAGAGACAUUCAACACAGGGUCAACAGAGAGAGAAUUCAACAGGUCACAAGAGAGAGACAUUCAAACCACAGGGUUCAACAAGAGAGAGACAUUCAAACCACAGGGUUCAACAAGAGAGAGACAUUCAAACCACAGGGUUCAACAAGAGAGAGACAUUCAAACCACAGGGUUCAACAAGAGAGAGACAUUCAAACCACAGGGUUCAACAAGAGAGGACUUCAACCACAGGUUCAACAAGAGAGAGACAUGUCAACCACGGGUCACAGAGAGAGAUCAACCUGGUCACAGAGAGAGAAUCAACACAGGGUUAAAGGAGAGCAUUCAAACCACAUGGUUCACAGGAGAGACAUUAACCAUAGGUUUCACAGAGAAGAAUUAAACACAGUCAACAAGAGAGAGACUCAAACCAUGGGUUCAACAAGAGACCUUCAAACAGGUUCAAAAAAGAGACAUCAGGGGUCAACAAGAGAAGAGACAUUCAACACAGGGUUCACCAAGAGAUUUGGUUCGUCAGAGUUGUACAGGAAUGAGACAUGUAGCCUGGGUCUUUGGGGGAUGAGGGAGAGGCAGGAAGGACAGUGGUUUUGGAGGAGCUCCCAGUAGUGGACUCAUAGGGCCGGGACGAUACCAGUAUCGCAAUAUUUUUUUCCAUGGCAAAAUAAAAACACAAAGCUGACCAAACUCUUUGGUCCUUUUAAAAACCUGCUGUAUGUAAAAUAUUGUGUGCUAUAGCUUGGAAAAUAAAUACAUGUGACUGGAUGACAACCAUAAUGAUGUUUGUUUCCAACAUUAGGGCUGUUUUCCUAAAGAAGUUAAAUCUGCUUCAUGUUUUGUUUCCUUGCCAUGAUACUAACUCGUAUUGCGAUACUGGUGUCGUCCCGGUCCUACAAACUCAUAACAGGCUCUUUAGAAACCAGAGUACAGUGUAGCGUAGCACUGUGUUCCCAGAGCAGCACUGACUGACUCCCCAACAGCCUGGUGUGAGGCCUCUGCUCCCCCUCAGUGUGUAGGCGAGUGGGAGUGUGUGGGUGAUCUCUCAUACUGCCUUGUAUCAUGUCCACUGACAUUUACAUCUCUCAUUCACUUUAGAACACCAAAAAGAACAGUUCUAGAAUCUGGCAAAUUUACAGUGCAGAGUCUGUCUUAUAACAUUAGCUUUUAGUUUUCUCACUCCUAUGUCAAAAGCAAGUCUUAUUUUAUUUUUUAUUUUUUUCCUAUGGGACUCCCAAUCACGGCCGGUUGUGAUACAGCCUGGAAUCGAACCAGGGGAUCUGUAGUGACGCCUCAAGCACUGAGAUGCAGUGCCUUAGACCGCUGAGAUGCAGUGCCUUAGACCGCUGAGAUGCAGUGCCUUAGACCACUGAGAUGCAGUGCCUUAGACCACUGCGCCACUCGGAAGUCUAUUUUCUAUAAGAUCACAAGUUCUCCUGGUGAUGCUGGAAAUGGACUGUACUAUCUCCCACACAGUGAUGUAACGUUCCACCUCCAACUGCUUAUUAAUGGAACAUUCCAUUACACGACUACCAUCUAUUUUCCAAUCUCUGCCCUCUCUCUUUUAUCUCCCUCCCUCCCUCCCUCCACAGCAGGUGGCGGUGUCCUCAGGCAUGGGCAUCAGUGGCAUGGUGUGUCCCGUGACGGGGUCAGACGUGGGCAUCAGGAGGGCAGAGAUCCGGCCAGGCCUGCGUGAGAUCAUCCUCUGUAAGGACCAGGAUAGGAAGGUCGGCCUGAGGCUAAGAGCCAUCGACAAUGUGAGUCAUUAUCAUAGCCUAAUUUACCACCAGACUACAGAUUAGGGUUAUCCAUCUGUCCUCAAGCCAGACUUCAGAUUAGGGUUAUCCAUCUGUCCUCAGGCCAUUCUAUAAUUUACCACCAGACUACAGAUUAGGGUUAUCCAUCUGUCCUCAAGCCAGACUAUAGAUUAUGGUUAUCUAUCUGUUCUCAGACCAGACUUCAGAUUAGGGUUAUUCAUAUGUCCUCAGGCCAGACUUCAGAUUAGGGUUAUCCAUCUGUCCUCAGGCCAGACUAUAGAUUAUGGUUAUUCAUCUGUCCUCAGGCCAGACCACAGAUUAGGGUUCUCUCUCCAUCUCCUCAGGGCAUGUUUAUCCAGCUGGUUCAGGCCAACUCCCCGGCCGCCCUGGGGGGCCUGCGCUUCGGGGACCAGGUCCUCCAGAUCAACGGGCAGAACUGUGCUGGCUGGAGCCUGGACAAGGCCCACAAAGCCCUGAAGGUUGCUGCCGAGACCCGCAUCGAGCUCAUCGUCCGGGACAGGUGAUGAGAUGAAUGAGAUGACGACCAACAUUAUUUAAUGCAGAUACAGAGUGUAGUCCGGUCUGAUCAGUUUGUAGUUCCUUGGAUUAUGUCAUGAGAUAUUGAUGUUUAUCAGUAUGUCCGGCCAUUAAGAGGGAAUGUUAGAUGGAGUGUAAAAAUGUUCUUUGUUGCUCUGUGGUGUGACAAUCUGACACACUAUAGCUCUGGCUCCUCCUGCUGGUCAUACCACCACACUACAUGUUGUAGUGUUUUGCUGUUAGAGGUUAUUUGUUUUGCCUUUUCUCAAAAUAUCAUACCGACCAAAGGACAUGAUAAAAAUAAACUGAAAAAGAAAAGAAUGGGCCUUAAUAGAAAAACAGCUUUAGGCCAAUACCAGCCCUAACCCAAUUGACAGAUAUUAGGAGGACUUGGACUGCACUACUAGUAAGUGCUUGUCUUGAGUAGUGACUACGUCAUGAGCCUUUUGUGUUUGUGGUCUGACUUCAGGCCGUUCCAGCGUACUGUCACCAUGCACAAAGACAGCUCAGGCCACGUUGGGUUCAUCUUCAAGUCGGGCAAGAUCACCUCGCUGGUCAAGGAUGGUUCGGCCGCUCGCAACGGCCUGCUGACGGACCACUACAUCUGUGAGAUCAACGGACAGAAUGUUAUUGGCCUCAAGGUGAGCUUUGACCUAGAAUGUUGAUGGUGACUUCUCCUUGACGAUUAAUCAGUGUCCAAAGUUGAAUGUAAAAAAAACAACAAAGUACACUCAGUGGCCAGUUUAAUAAGUAUAAUACCGGGUCGGACCCCCCUUUGCCUCCAGAACUGCCUGAAUUCUUCAGGGCAUGGAUUAUUUGUGUCUUAAACGUUCCACAGGGAUGUUGGUCCAUGCUGAUCCCAAAGAUACUUUAUUGGGUUUGGUCAGCAAUAAUGUUCAGAUAUGCUGUGGUGUUCAAUCAUUGCUCAAUUGGUAUCAAGGGACCUAAUGUGUGCCAGGACAACAUUCCCCACACCAUUACACCACCGCCACCAGCCUGUAUCGUUGACACCAGGUAGGAUGGGGCCAUGCUGCUUAUGCCAAAUCCUGACUCAGCAUGACGCAACAGGAACCGGGAUUUGUCGGACCAGGCAAUGUUUUUCCACUCCUCAAUUGUCCAGUGUUGGUGAUCGUGUGCGCACUGGAGCCGCUUCUUCUUGUUUUUAGCUGAUAGGAGUGGAACCCGGUGUGGAUGUCUGCUGCAAUAGCCCAUACGUGACAAGGAUCGACGAGUUGGGCGUUCCUAGAUUUGUGGCCCGCCUGUUAGCUUGCACAAUUCUUGCCAUUCUCCUUCGGCCUCUCAUCAACGAGCUGUUUUCGCCCACAGGACUGCCGCUGACUGGAUGGUUUUUUGUUUGUCGCAUCAUUCUCGGUGAACCCUAGAUCCCUCAAACUCAACUCUGGAACUUUGAAGCCAGUUCCACUUCAUAUUUUAAUUGUUCCCCUGUUAGAUAUUACUGCACUGUCGGAGCUAGAAGGACAAGCAUUUCGCUACACCCGCAAUAACAUCUGCUAAACACGUGAAUUUGACUGUGAAAUCAGGGACUGAUUUUAGACCUGGGACACCAGGUGUGUGCAAUGAAUUAUCAGAAAGGGUAAGAGUUGAAUACCCCUGCCCUAGACCCUGUCGUGCGUGAAAAGGCCAGGAGAGCGGCCGUUUCUGAGAUGCUGGAUCCAGCGCGCCUGGCACCGACGAUCAUACCACGCUCAAAGUCGCUUAGGUCACUAGUUUUGAACCCCGCCCUGUGCAACUGGGUCCUGGACCUCCUGACAGGGCCGCCCCCAGGUGGUGAAGGUAGGAAACAACAUCUCCACUUUGCUGAUCCUCAACACUGGGGCCCCACAAGGGUGGGUGCUCAGCCCCCUCCUGUACUCCCUGUUCACCCAUGACUGCGUGGCCAAGCACGCCUCCAACUCAAUCAUCAAGUUUGCAGACGACACAACAGUAGUAGGCUUGAUUACCAACAAUGAUGAGACCGCCUACAGGGAGGAGGUGAGGGCUCUGGGAGUGUGGUGUCAGGAAAAUAACCUCUCACUCAACGUCAACAAAACAAAGGAGAUGAUCGUGGACUUCAGGAAACAGCUGAGGGUGCACCCCCCUAUCCACAUAAAUGGGACCGCAGUCAAGUUCCUUGGCGUACACAUCAUCGACAAACUGAAAUGGUCCACCCACGCAGACAGUGUGGUGAAGAAGGCGCAACAGAGCCUCUUCAACCUCAGGAGGCUGAAGAAAUUCGGCUUGGCACCUAAAGUCCUCACAAACUUUUACAGAUGCACCAUUGAGAGCAUCCUGUUGGGCUGUAUCACCACCUGGUACGGCAACUGCACCGCCCACAACCGCAGGGCUCUCCAGAGGGUGGUGCAGUCUGCCGAAUGCAUUACCGGGGGCAAACUACCCGCUCUCCAAGACACAUACAGCACCCGAUGUCACAGGAACGCCAAAAAGAUCAUCAAGGACAUCAACCACCCGAGCCACUGCCUGUUCACCCCGCUAUCAUCCAGAAGGCGAGGUCAGUGCAGGUGCAUCAAAGCUGGGACAGAGAGAAUGAAAAACAGCUUCUAUCUCAAGGCGAUCAGACUGUUAAAUAGCCAUCACUAGCACAUUAGAGGCUGCUGCUGCCUAUUGAAAUCACUGGCCACUUUAAGAAAUGGAACACUAGUCACUUUAAUAAUGUUUACAUAUCUUGCACUACUCAUCUCAUAUGUAUAUACUGCAUUCUAUUCUAUAAUAUUCUACUGUAUCUUAGUCCAUGCCGCUCUGUCAUUGCUUGUCCAUAUAUGUAUAUUUUCUUAAAUUCCAUUCCUUACUAGUUUUGUGUGUAUUGGGUAUAUGUUGUGAAAUUGUUAGAUAUUACUUGUUAGAUAUUACUGCACUGUCGGAGCUAGAAGCACAAGCAUUUCACUACACCCGCUAUAACAUCUGCUAAACACGUGUAUGUGACAAAUAAAAAUUGAUUUGAUUUGUCCAUUCUAACGUUCAAUCGAACAGUAACUGGAUGCCUGUCUGCCUGCUUUAUAUAGCAAGCCACAGUCACGUGACUCACUGUCUAUAGGAGCGAUCCAUUUUCGUGAACGGAGUGGUGUAGCUAAUAAACUCAGUGUAUGUUAAUACUGUUUGUUGAUGUGCAGGAUGCUCAGAUCAAGGACAUCCUGACCACCUCUCCUACAGCCAUGACCAUCACCAUCAUGCCCAAGUUCAUCUAUGAACACAUGGUCAAGAGGUAAGCAGUUAGGAGCUUAAGGAAUAGCAUUACACGGUCUCAGCUCAGUACAGUUGCUAAAAUACUUAUCAUUUUGGAUUAAUAGACCUGUGUUUUCUGUUUUUAGAAUGUCCAGCGGUCUCCUGCGGUCGGCCAUGGACCACUCUGUGCCAGAGGUGUGAGGGCCGGAACGUGACCACGUCUCCUGCAGGAUGCCUACAAUCUCCAGAGUUCCCAUUGGGCCCCUAAACAGCCAAUAGGGUCAACUCUCUCUCUCUCUCUCUCUCUUGCUCUCUCUCUCUCACUCUCUCUUGCUCUCUGUACUGAAAAACCUGUUGUAUCACAAUCACCGUCAUCGUCUUUCGUCGUAGAUCUAAAUAUGCUUUUUUUUCUAUGGUUGAAAUGUUGUUCCUUUACUACUUCCAUCCCUUGUCUAUUUUUAUAUGUUUCAUAUUUUUAUAUGAUAACUGUUGUAGUCCAGUAUUGUAUUCGUAUAAUUAUGUAUGUGGCAUUGCAUUGAGUACACCUUUGUUUUAAAGCCAUGCACGCUACCAUGAGUCCAGAGCUUCCUCAUAAAGAACAUGGAAAUUAAUUGGCUUGUGACCUUUUCGCCUUUUGUGUCAAAAUGCUGUAAAAGCCAAUGACCCCACCAUGGUUGUUGAUCAUAACCCUGUUCCCCUACGCUGCUGGGCCAUUACGCUGGGCGGACCCACUAAGUGCACUUUCCACUUCCUGUUCGAAGUCGUCCUUCCUGUAACCGUUUCAACGUUUUUGUUAUUGUUCAAGUGGAGUCAAAAUUAACUACAACAUAUGUCAACAAGUAUGUAGAAGUUAACUCUGGGAAUGGAUUUGUUUGCACAAAGUAAUCACCAAACUGAAGUUAUUAAUAUGUACGUAUCUAGGGUUCAAUCAUUUCCUCUGUGUGAGUUUGAUUAUUAUAACAGGGUAUAUGUUCCUCUUGUUGAUUGAUGAGCACAGCGAGAUGGAAAAAGCAGAUCUGAUCAGUGAGUUUCUUUUUAAUAUUAGAAUGUUCCUUUUAUUGGUGUUCUUGUUUGGAUGCAUGUAUUGUAUUUUUAUGUAAUCUUUGAUAAACAUCACACAGCCAUCAUUCUGUAAAUGCUAGAAUCUAAACGUUUAUAUAUACGAAUGUAACCAAUAUAAUUAUUGUAAAACAAAUAAAUAAUCAAUUUGUUCACAUUUUAA